AUCAGCGCGACCAGCGUUAUGAAGGGUCUACAGCAUGGUUCUCAUGCAGUAGCGUUGAUAGGGCUUGACCUGCUCAAUCAUUGCAGUUCAAACUCGCACUCUUCCAAUCCCCCGAACAGUGGAUCGGUCGCCCAACAGGAGGCUUACGCGGAGUACGUGUAGUGACAGCGCGCAGCUCCCGGGUCUACUCGUGAAGACAUGAUGACUGGCGGUCAUGAUAUCACGGAAAAGGAAUCUCGACAAGACCCCGUCUUGACGAGAGAACCCGAGAGAGAAGAUACUGUGCCCUCGUAUGAGUCCGUGGAAGAGCAGACCUUCACAGGUGAUGGCGCUUGGAGGACGUGCGCAGAGAAGGUCUGGAAGCAUGAGCAAACAACGAUAGCGGGAUGGAAUGGGCAGAUUGAUACGCUCCUCGUCUUUGCAGGUCUUUUCUCGGCGGUCUUAACUGCUUUCAACGUGCAAUACUACGCAGCGCUGCAGAGCACUCAAGUAAUGUUACAACUCCCCGCAGACAUUGCCGCCCCCGUCCUUCUAUCCACCCUGGCGACCACUUCGAAUUCCCCCGUUGCCAUAUCAGCAAUCGUCAUCAACACACUCUGGUUCCUCGCUCUUGUCCUGAGCCUGGCUGCGGCAUCCGUCGGCAUCAGCGUGAAGCAAUGGCUCGUAGCGUACAUCCCUCCGGAAAGCACUACCGCGCGCCAGCGCGCUCGAAUAUGGCACCUGCGACAUCGCGGUUUGCGUAAAUGGCGGGUACCCGCCAUCGUGGCUAUGCUCCCGAUCCUCCUCCAGCUUUCCCUGCUAUCAUUCUUGGCUGGCGUUGUCGUGCUCCUGUGGACGUUGAACAUGAUCGUCGCUAUUGUCGUCAUGGUCCCAGUGGCUGUGCUUAUCCUGCUCUCCGGCCUCGUCGCCAUCAUCCCGACUUUCGCACCCGACUGUCCGUACAAGUCACCACAAGCGUGGUGGAUCUACCUGCUCAUCCAUCGACUCACUCGUUUCGACGGGACGCUCAAAAGACGGCUAUUUGAAACACGCCGACACUUUCUGCUGCGCCUCUGGAGAACCGUCGUGACGACACGAGACUGGCUGGACCGCGAAAACGGCCUGCUUCGCUCGGAGGCACGGGAGCAGACGUCCGAGUCCGUCCUGGAUACGGUAGCCGUACUCGUGGCGGCAGAUCAGCUGGUCCGCGACGACGAAUUUCUCCAGGAUGUCAUCGUUCCUGCAUUCCAAUUAGUGGACUCGUCACGCAGAGAUUUCGACGAGUCUCUUCGAGCAUUCUAUCAACUAGUACAGUCCAGGGCGCACGUCGCGCUGCCAUCCGCCCACAGCACGGGCGAUUCGUUGGCCCUCCCGAUCAUGUCUUGGUUCAAGGACGAAAUGGACAGCGGAUCGGUAGCUGCCAUGGCCGAUUUGACCUUGGAUAUGCUCAUCAAAGUAGCUGGGGAGCUGAGACCCAACCGGGCAAAACAAGCGCGAGAGGUAUCACAGAUGCUCGCGAUACUACAAGCGCUCCUUGCUGCACUCCCUCGAUCCCAAUCCCGUGCCCUCGUUCGUCUUAUCGACUGGUAUUGCGACGAGGCUACGACCUACCGACCUUCCCAUGCUGGCGAAGAUGACCCGGUGGAGGCGAUCUCCCAGCAUGCAGUCCGGUACCGGUCUAAGAUCAAGGCAAUGCCUGUUCGUCAGCAAGCCGCCUUGGGUUCAAAGGCCAUGGAUCGACUCGAACAGCUGUUGCAUGAUUCCGCGUCUGGGAGUUUCCAACAUCGUCAGGCAGAACGGGGGCUGCUGAGACUGAUAGGCGUCGUACUCGAUAAUCGACAAUCCCCGGUGACAGAAGAGUCUGCCCUUGUCGUGUCGCGUCUCUGCCACUUGCUGGGAGGUGACAAACCAAUCCCGCCAGGCACUCGCACUACCUUAAUAUGGCUGGCUGCAAGAGUUGCGGCAGAUCUACCCUUGGAAGCAAAAUCUGUCAUUGAUCUUGUAGCUUGCCUGCGAAUGCUUUCUCAAGAGCCUCACAACGACAUACGCUCACAGAACACUUUAUGCCUCUGUACUGCUAUCGAGACAUCUCUCGACAACAUUGGGUCAGACGAUGGGCUUGCAGACGUAUCCGACCCUUUGCGUUCUGCUCUUCACGAAUUCCUCGAUUCGAUCAGCUACUUGGACCGAUACGGCAUGUUCGAUUACUUGCGAGGGAUCCUCUCAGUAUAUGGGGCCAUGGCUCGGAGGCAAGCCCGGUUCCUCACGGUCUCUGAUCUCGCGAAGCUGGAUGCCUGUGUCGCGGCCUGCACCGAGGGCUGGCCGCGAGGUCUGGCGGAGGCGAAGAUACUCCAGGAAAGAUUAGCACACUUGCAUGGUGUUCUGGACACGAUUCCAAAUACUGAGGGUAUAACCCAGGAUGACGCUCACAUCUCUAUCUGUAUCACCGCCGUAUGACGCCAAUCGGAAUGUACUUCAACUUCAACCGCGGAAUCGUCAUGAUCUACUAUCUCUCGCUCUGUAUUUGGGCUUGAUACGCAGAGGUGUCGUUGGAUCACGGCUCUGUGUAUGAUUUCAUGAUACGGUUUGUUGCAAGUUUCGCAGUCACGAAUCAACUUACUCUCGC